UCUGCAUCAUUUUGUCAAAAAACAUGCGAUGCAUGCAAGCAUCCAAAUAUGGUAUCAGCGCGACUAGAAGAACUUAAUAGAGUCCCGAGAUUUGACAAGAAGGAUGGACUUGCUCCAGUAUUUAUUAAAAGCGCAUCGGUUGCCUCUUACGAUGGCUUGGACUGCGAAUUUUGGAAUCGAGACGAUGAGGCAAGUGAUUCCGAUGAAGAUAUAUCAAGUACUGAUGAUGAAGCAGAUGCAAUAAACAGUCUGGCUAGAUCAAAAUUGUCAUCUAAAGCAGGAUUUGAUGAGAAAUUUGAAGCUUUGCAGCAAGCAGAGGAGGCUUAUUAUCAAGAUCAACUCCCGAAGAAGAGCAAAGGCCUUUCUGACAAGAAAAUCAUAUCUGACACAUUAAGAGAAGCAAGCAAGAAGAGGUUGUUGACUGCUCUGAAUCAGGCCCAAGAACGGCUUGGAGAACAACUAACGGCUACUAGUACAUGGCCUAAUAUCGAGACAUCCAGUACCUUCCUGGAAACAGAAUGCUUCAAGCGAUACGAGAAAGUUGGCAAAACAUUCUACAACUCUCAGGUUGCUGCCACACUUAGGUGGCUAUCUUCUUCAAAUUAUGAGCAAAUAUGUGACCGGCUUAAUGCCAACACUUCUCCAGAUAUUGCCAAGAACAUCGAGAACAUUCAUACAAAUGCAAUAAUCUCGUCACCCCCAGAAAAACCUUCUUAUUCUGAAGUUCCAGAAUCAGAAAUAAACAGGGAAAGAAACACUGACAAUGUUGGAGUAUCUGGGCUUUGUGAUUCACUCCAGAUGGAAACUCCAACAUAUAAGAUAGAGCUUCCUCCUAUCCCAUCUUUCUCAGAAUUUGCCAAGAAAAAUGUGAAAGCCAGUGAAGGAGAUAGUUCAAAUUCCUCUAGUGCAGUUCAGAAGAGAACCAUGGAGCCUGAAAAGCACGGAAGAAGCAACCCAGAAAAGAUGAGGCGGAGAUGAUCUUUAGAAUUGGAAGCGAAUUCUAAAUCUACCACCAUAAAUGAAUCGGAAGUGAUCUUAGAUGUACAAAUAACUGGGAAUUUUUGCUGAAUACAUUUGAAUAUAUUUUGAGCUCU